UAAGGAUAAUAACAGAUAUAAGGAUAGUUACAUAUAUAAGGAUAGUAGCAGGUAUAAGGAUAGUUACACAUAUAAGGAUAAUAAGAGACAUAACGAUAGUUACAGAUAUAAGGAUAGUGACAGACAAUAAAUAUGCAUCAACUACCCUUGUUUGCACUACUACUCCUUCUAGUACCCUUUGUGUCAGGUCAGUGUUCGGAUUCAACCGUCACCAAUAUUGAUAUGUCCAACAGAGGUAUAACGGAAAUCGACGAGUUAUUGUUCUCAAAUUGUAAUCCACAAGCUAUCAGUAUUGACCUUUCUGGAAACCAAAUUACACAUAUAAAUGCAACUUCUUUUGCAUCCUAUGAUGCGGGACUUAGUCAAAAAUAUAUUCCUUUGUUUUACCAACUGAAAACAUUGAAUUUGAAUGAUAAUCAAAUUAACUCAAUAAAUCCGGAUGCUUUUAAAUACACAAAAGUUCUGGAGACACUAAACAUGAAUAACAAUCAUCUCCAGUCAUUAGAAUCUGAAGUCUUUGAACCUAUUGGCGACACAUUGGUCACCUUAGUGUUGUCCAAUAAUGAAAUAGAUUCCAUUGGUGAGUCCAUGUUUGGAACCAACCUAAAAAAACUUCGUCAUGUUGACCUUUCAUACAAUAAAAUGACAUAUAUGGAAGCAUGGCCGUAUAUUCCACCUUCUAUCAUAAAAUUUGAUCUUAGUCAUAACGAUGUGAAUGAAUUUACCAAUCGACUUAACUGGACUUAUAACCUGCAGGAACCUUAUCAUACCUAUGUUGAUUUAAGAUACAAUAAGUUUACCAGAUGGGACGAUGAGUGGAUCAAAAGAUACCAGAAAACUGGUGGGGAUUUCGUUGGGGACUUUGUUACCUAUCAGGCGGACAUAACAAACAAUAACUGGACUUGCGAUUGCCAUAUGCAUUAUCUGGUAUCAAAGAUUCAAAAAUCUUUUUACAGGUAUGCAAAAUCGGAACUUUCAAAUGUUAAAUGUAGUAAUCCGCCAAAUCUAAGAGGACAACGUAUCCUUACAGUAGACCUUAACGAGUUUAACUGUGACGUAGCAAACUGUUCAUUUGGAUGCACGUGUACAAACAUAUCCGAAACAAAAAUUUUACAAGUAGAUUGUAUGAAUGGAAACUUAAUUAAGCUACCAAUGAAAUUACCAAACAUUCCAGACAGAACAAUAAUGUUAGACGUUUCUAAUAACAAUAUUUGGAAAAUAGACCCAAGACCAUAUAUUGACCAACUCGUGAAAUUUAAUGCAGCGAAUAAUAAACUUGUAUUUAUUGAUCAAGAGACUGUCAAGAAUAUGACGCAGUCAAAUUUGUCUAUGAACAUAUCUAACAAUUAUCUCAAGUUUUUACCAAACUCUAUUCAAAAUAUAAAAUACAUUUCCAUUAGUAACAAUCCAUUUAUGUGUGACUGUAAUAUGACAUGGAUGAAAGGAUGGCUUGAACUGGAUUCUAUAGUAGAACCGGAUAAGUCCGUUACAUGUCAAACAAAAGAAGGAGAUGUCCAUAAGAUAAUUGACGUUACAGAAAGUCUACUGGACUGUAAUUAUGAUACUGAAAUCGGUUUGGCAGUUGGUUUUGGUAUUCUGUUAAUUCUGGUCGUGAUAGGGAUCGUCUGGGCUAAACGUUGUCCAUAUGAGACAAAAGUUCUCGUUUUUAAGUUUUUUAGAAUCCAUCCUAGUGAUAAAUACAAGAUUGAUGACGAAGUGAAAUCGUACGAUGCUUACAUCUCAUUUGAUGAUGAAAAUAUACACAUACGACAAUGGGUGAUACGAAAACUAAAGAAACGUUUAGAGGAGAAGAAACAAGAACUCUUUAUACCGGUCAUUCACGCGACAUUGGGCGACGAUAGGGCAGAUCAGAUUGUCAGAUCUAUGGAAAGCAGUAAAAGAGUGAUCAUUAUACUAUCAGACAAAUAUGAUGAAAAUGAAUGGAGUGUUUUUGAAUGUCAGCAGGCGGAAAUGCUGAAUCCUAAUGAAGGUAGAAUUAUAUUCAUUAAAUAUCAUCCUGAAGCUGAGGACAUGGUACAAAAAGAACCAUGGAAAUCUCGUGUAAAGGAUAGGAAAGUUUUAGCAAUAGGUGAAAAAUCUAGUGAACAUCAAUGGUUUUGGGACAAACUUAAAUAUGAACUUCCCGUAAAGUAAUUCUCAUUAACUAUAUUACCGAAAAAAGUUCUAAAUAGUGUUCAAUGUUUUGUAAGAUCAAUGUUCGUUCUGUGGCAUCGUAACAUUGAAUAAAAGUUACUGCGUCAUGAAGGCAAUGCAUAUCUCUGUGCUAAAGCUUCUAGCAUUGAUAUAUAUUAUUGGCGAAAAGUAAAAUGAAGUAAUCCAUGUACAAACUUUACAUAUUUUAAAUAAACAUGCAUGGUGGUGAGAAGAACUUGUUAUUUAAAAGGUGUGCUUGGUAUGUAGUGUACUAUGUAGUUAUUGUCUUGAGCAUUGCAUUGUUUUGAUACCCAUGUUAAAAUAUAUGCCUUGGAAAUUGAACAAUAAAUUGAUA